AUGGAAGAAGAGGAUCUCGCUCGGCGGAUGGAGCCAGCGGGCGAGAUCCAACACGUGGGACCACCGGAGUCUUACUCCGGGGUCCCGGCGGUCGGCAACGGAAAGCGGUCGGAGGACCGCUUUCCGGCGGCCGCAAAACGGAUGAAAAGUGAAGGGGGCAAAGCCACCCGGAAAAGGUAG